AGAGUCUUAAAAGGUAAGAGGUGUUUGAAUCACUUUAGAGAGAAUGCUACUGACAGUUUGCCAAACUAAAGAACACUUGUCAGCCUGAACUCACUGAAAUGUUCGUGUUUUAUAGGUGUCUCUUGGGAGAGACUACCGGACCUGCGCAGUGGCCAGACGCUAGCAGGGUUGUGGAAGCAGUCUGCCGGCAGUUGUGCGACCUGCACCCGUCUUCUGUACAGACCAAGGGGGUGCGGGUCGAAAGGUGGGCGCUGAUCCUUCAAGACUACCACAGCAUAAGGCAGCUAGUCCUAAACGCUCCGACGCUGAUGAGCAGGACUACGCUGCAGCUGUUUGAAAUAAAUCGGCGAACUCUUAUGCAGUGGUUCAACAAACGUCAGAAGGCCCAGGAGCGUGCUGUUCUUCUUCAGGGGGUGGAGCGACCGAGUGCCAGCGCUGUGGCCCAGGAUCCACUCCCUCUCCCGCGCGAGCAGCCCUUACAGCCCCCCACCUUUGCAUUCCAGCCCUUCACCUUCGCCUCUCCGCCGAACACAGCCGGACAGGCGGUGAGGCGCCGUCAGAAGACAGAGAUGCCACAACCGCCUCAAGCUCCCGGUGCUCGCCUCAUCCUUCCUGCUGCCUCUGCGUCUCAGACACAGCCUGUCUGUAUAUUUAUUUCACCGCCCACUUCAUCGCACAUUCCGGUACCAGCGUUUCAGCCAGUCCAGCACACCGUUCAGCCGCCCACGGCAGUGACUGGAGCAGCAGCAGCAGCACAGGUUGAACGCGUUCCAGCAACCACAGCCUGGUACCGAAAGAAGACCGAGGGCACCCAGAGGCGGAAAUAUGAGCGUUCUAGCGAGGCUAACUUGUGCUCUAAGUGUGGUCAACCCAAAAGAAAAGAGUUUGGCCACAGCAGGUUUGGCAGCGAGACCUUUUGUGCUGCAAACUCAUCGCUAACUGUGGACCAGUGGUUGGCACAGAUGAGGCUAAAACACAAGAAGUAA